CACCGUAACACCGGAGCGCAUGAAACUUGGUGGGCAUGUAGCCCCAGUAGAGUUCUAUGGAAAAUUUUCGUUUCGUCCCCGGGGGUCACUCCACCCCCGCGCUGCCCCCGCCCGAAGCCCAAAAAUGACAGUUUUUCCUACAUAACUACCGGAACCGUGGCACCGAGGAUGACAAAAUGUUUAUGGCUCAGUAACUGUGGUAUCUUAGAUGAAGGUUAUAUUUGUCUGGCUCUGGCCCUGAUGUUAAACCCCUCCUGUGUGAAAGAGUUGGAUGUGAGCAACAAUCAUCCUGGAGAAUCCGCACAGAAUCUGUUAUCUGCAACAUUACAUGAUCCUCAUCGCAAAGUUGAAGCAUUUCAAUUUGCUGACUGUAACCUUACAGAGAAGUCCUGUGAGAUUGUGGCUUCAGUUCUACAGUCACCAAACUCCCUACUAUUGCUGGACCUGAGUCACAGUGACUUGGGUGAUUCUGGAGUUCAUCUUCUCUCAAAGGGAAUGUCAAGUUCCAACUGCAAACUACACAUAUUAAGGCUCUCCGAUUGUUUCAUCUCAGAGAAGGGCUGUGGAUUUCUGGCUUCAGCUCUGACUUCAAACCCCUCCCAUCUAAAAGAGUUGGAUCUGAGCUACAAUCAUCCUGGAGAAUCAGGACUGAAGCUGUUAUCUGCUAGACUGGAGGAUCCUCAUUGUAAACUAGAGAUACUUAACACUGGCCAUGCCUACCACGAUGCCCAAUCACGUUUGCUGAGAUAUGCCUGUGAGCUCACACUGGACCCAAACACAGCAGGCAGACAGCUCUUGCUCUCCGAGGGGAACAGAAAGGUGACGUGUGUGGGAGGGAAUCAGCCGUACCCUGACCACCCUGACAGAUUUGAGUACAUGCGCUUGCAGGUGCUGUGUAGGGAAGGUCUGUCUGGACGCUGCUACUGGGAGGUUGAGUGGAGCGGAGAUGGAGGUGGUCCCUCUAUAGCCAUGGCUUAUAAAAGUCUCAAGCGGAAAGGGAUGACUAUUGACAACAUGCUGGGAUGUAACGACAAGUCCUGGCGUCUGGACAGCACUCGUUACAAAUAUUUAGCCUGUCACAAUAACGCUAAAGAAAAUUGAUUUGUUUGUGUUGUAUCUGCGCAUGUAUGUAUUCUGUUUAAACAACACUGAUUUUUACGAUACUGUGAAAUUUUUUUAUUUGGGUCCAGCCCUUUUUAAUAACCCGAUUACUUUCAAAAAAGAAAAUGAAAAUUAAAAGAAAUGUCACUAGAUUCUUUUUGCAGUAUAUCAUGUACGUUUAACCCCCCAUCGAAGGGCCCAUUCUUGGACUUUGUUUACUGCCUGCUGCAUCUUAUUCACCACAAAUCUAUAUGUCUUCCUUUUUUCCACAUUGCUCCAUCAUCUGCAGACAAUGCUACCCCAAUUGAAUGUUGUAUAUCUUUAAAAACAUCAUCAAUCAUUAUUGCUAUUUAUUUACUUAUUUAUUAAUGACAAACUGUAUGUGGAAUAUGAUCUCUGUGUCAUUCAAUUGCCCCCUGGGGAUGAAUAAAGUGAUUUGAAUUUAA